UCCCAUGUCAAAUUUGUUCAUUCAUGGCGACGGACGCUUCAACCAUUGUUGGUUGUUGCAACCGCUGAAGAAACGCGAGGCGGAGACGUAGAACACGCGUCGAUCAGCGAUUAGGUCAAAUGUUGCAACUGUCUAGCGAACGAGGCUCCUCAAGAGGAUUUUGCGAUGUACAUUGAAGAAAAACGUUCCGAGUACCACUCGGGACGCUAGUAUCGUCCGAGAAGGGCUGCAUGGCCCAAGUUCCAAGAACGGUCGCUGUCACGUCGGCCCGAUUCCCAGUCUCUGUAGCCGUUCUUAGAGUUUACAGCGUGAGGUUGCUGCAGGUAUCGGCUCGUCAGAGACCGCCGACUUCGUUCGUCCCGUCGACAUCGUUCGCCCGCCUGCAGUGGCCGAAGAAACAUCAUACGCUGACGCACACUGCAUCCUUUGGUUUUGGCUCCCCAUUCUCGCAUUUCUCGGCGCUUCUCAGCAGCAUCCCUCCCGGUUCUCUGCGCAACCUCCGCGUUUCUCCGGGCAGCCUUCACGUUUCUCCGGGCAGAUUUCAGGUUUCCAGCGUCCUCCCCAUGGCUACAGCCAGUUCCCGAUUCUCCUCACUCGCGCCGCUGACACGUCAGCAGCGGCCCCCUCUCGACUCGUUUCUUCCGGUCACCAUUACUGCUCGUACCUCUGCGCCGGCUGCUCGCUUACCCAACGAACCCCGCAGAAAUAGCAGCAGCAUGAGGGUUAACCGCAGCAUCAGCAGGGAGAGUAACCAUAGCAGGGAGAGCAGCAGUGGGGGUCCGCUUUCCAGCACCUCAGCACAGCGAGGCGUGAGCAUCAGGGAAGGCUCGCCGAAACAGCCAUCGUCUGGAGCAAAGGCGUUUCGUGCGGUGGUGAGCUUUGCAGUGAGGAAGCUGAGGGGUGGAGGUGCAUGGGAGGGACAGCAUGACGGGGAGGGGCAGCCCAGUGGGCCUGAGGAACGGGAUCGUUCCAGCUCGAUGGAGAUGGGUGUAAGGGUAGAGGGAGUGGUGGAGAGCGGUUCAGAGCGGUCUAAUCUGGCUGGUGCGGGUGCAGAUAACGGUAGAGUGCGUAGACACAGCAGAUCAGGUGCGUGGGAGAUGGAAGGAGGGGAGUGCUCGAGGGUAGGAAAGGACGGAAAGAGAGGGUCCGAGGGCGAAACAAGAUUUGAGAGCGAAGCAAAGCCAGACACUGAAAGGGGACUUGGCCGGGGGGGACAGUUGGAUAGGCGUAAGCCUGACGCCCGGUAUGAGUCAUCUGAAGGUUCUGAUGUCGCGUUCACAGUCUCUAAGUCCGAAGGUUCUUAUGUGGUCUCUCAGUGUGAAGGCUGUAAUAUAGUAUCUGUUUCUCAAGGUUCUUAUAUAGUAUCUGAAGGUUCUAAUGUAGUAUCUGAAGGUUCUAAUGUAGUAUCUGAAGGUUCUAAUGUAGUAUCUGAGUCUACAAAUGGUGCUGUGAAAGCGCUCAGUGAGGGUAUGGAGAGCGCUAGAGCAGCCGAAACUGAAAGCUUCAGGGAAGGGGCGCUGGAGCAGCAGCACGCGUUUCAGCAGCAGCGGCUAAGGGGUGUGCUGGGGCCAGCAGCAGUGGCUGGGGAGAAGCGGGGCAAACUGGGCGUUAGAAUCAAGGGGCCUGGGGCACAACCGCAAAGAGCAACUUCAGCCUUGAUGCAUCCGCCUCCUCUGCCUGUUGAGUCGACUCAAAAGUCUUCUCAUGGGGCGUCUCUGAUGAACGCUGCAUGGGGGCCGGUGUCUGAGGCGCCCCAAAGGUCAACUGCAGGAGGCUUGAUUCAUCCGCCUUCUCUACCUGUAGGCUUCCCUCCUGGAGAUGGGGAUGUGGCCGUGGCCGUGGCUCUCAGUGGUUUGGAUGUAUGUGCAGCUGCGAAUGAGGAGAGGGAGGACGAGGGGGAGGAAGAGGAAGGGGGAGAGGAGGGGGGAGAGGAGGGGGAGGAGGGGGAAGAUGUGGAGGAGGAAAGUGGAGAAGGGAGUGAAGAGGACGAGAGGUGGGAGGAAGAGGAGGCGGAAGAGUCACGCGGGGAAGUGGGAGAGAAGAAAGCAGAGCGCACGAGCGUGUUGCGCCGAGGACUGGCUGUCUCUUCCCGCACACUCUCCUGGCUCUCUGAUGUUGUUGUCUCGCCCGCUCUCAGCUUCACAGGCCCGCCGGUGGCCCGCGCCUUCAACUCGCUGCCUCGCAUCCGCAUGGGCGUGCUGCUGGACGUGGCGAGGAGCGUGAGGGCCAGUGCGGGCGGCAUGGGGGCGUGGUCCAUGCGGGACCUCACCCACGGGCUGUACCUGCUGUCGCUGCAGCAUGCUCAGGAGAGGGCAGUGGAUAGCGUUGCGUCAACGCCAGUCACAGACGAGCAGACCGUCCAGGAUCUGAUAUACCACUGCGAGUUCGCCCGGGCGUCUAUAGCCACGACGCACCGAACGAUAGCACAGGCAUGCAUGGUUCGGCCGAACCGCAUCAUCAAGAUCGUGCCCAAGGCUCGGUACGGCAGGCCGGCCUACUUCAUAGCGCUGGACGACAAGCGCCGUCUCGUAGUGGUGUCGUUCCGCGGGACGAGGUCGGCACACGACAUGCUGACAAACCUUGCCGCCCACUCCGUCCACGUGUCCACUGUUCAGAGUGCCGUGGAAAGAGCAGCAGAGGGGGAGGCGAGGGUAGGAGGAGGAGGGGGAGGAGAGGGAGGAAAAGAGGGAGGAGGUGGUAUGGGAAGGGGGGGAGAAGAGCGAUCGGGGUCUGCACAGAGGAAGGGGGAUUGGAGAGGAGGAAACGAGGGGUUGAGGGAGGAGGUAGGAAGUGGAAUUGUUGAAGGGGAGGAAGGGGAAGGUGAUUUCUUCAUAGAGAGUGACGGGAUGGAAGGAGCCAGCCGGGUGAAGGGGAUGGGUGUGGGGAGUGGGCAAUAUGGCAGGAGGAGCGAGGGGGAUAAGAGAGAGGAGAGGAAAGGAGAGGAAAGGAGGAGAGAGGGAGGGAGGAGCAAGGAUGGGCAACAACCAAAGGAGGAAUCGAUGGAGGACGUAGCGCACAAGGGAGUGGGCAAGGGGGCGGACAGGAAAGGAAGGUGGCCGGAGGAGGACCGGAUGGAGGACGUAGUAGGAGAGGAGGAGCGUCGUGACAUGGACGAAGUCAUCGCCUUCGGGCACUAUGGCAUGGUUCAGGCAGCUGAGACCUUCGUGCACGAGGAAGCCCCUCUCCUGCGCCAUCUCCUCGCCCACCACCCAGGCUACGACCUGCGCUUGAUCGGGCACUCUCUUGGGGCGGCCGUGGCGGCACUGGUGACCAUUCUGCUCAGGCCGCAGGCGGAGGUUCUGCUGGGGGUGGCGAGCGGGAGGGUGCGGUGCGUGGGGUUCGCCACCCCGCCCUGUGUGUCAAGACACCUGGCGUUAUCAUGCGGCUCCUUUAUCACUACGGUGGUGCUACAGCCGGGCUAUGACCUGCGCUUGAUCGGGCAUUCCCUGGGGGCGGCGGUGGCGGCGCUGGUGACCAUUCUGCUGAGGCCGCAGGCGGAGGCUCUGCUGGGGGUGGCCAGUGGGACGGUGCGGUGUGUUGGAUUUACCACACCACCGUGUGUGUCCCGGCACCUGGCGCUCUCCUGUCGGUCCUUUAUAACAACCAUGGUGCUGCAGGUGAGGGUGAGGGUGCUGCUGAAAGUGAGGGAGGUGCUGCAGGUGAGGGUGAGGGUGCUGCUGAAAGUGAGGGAGGUGCUGCAGGUGAGGGUGAGGGUGCUGCUGAAAGUGAGGGAGGUGCUGCAGGUGAGGGUGAGGGUGCCGCUGCGUGUGCGUGUGGAAGCCUCUCUUCUGCUGUGCCCGCAGGCCGAGGCUCUGCUGGGGGUGGGGCAAGUGGGAGGGUGCAGUGCGUGGGGUUUGCCACCCCACCCUGUGUUCCCGGCACCUGGUGCUCUCCUGUCGCUCUUUCAUCAUCACAAUCGUGCUGCAAGUAAGCUCCUUUGUGCGUAAAACAUCCCCCCCCCUUGGCAAUCGUUCGUCACCACCUGGCACUCCUCCCUUCCCUCCCCCUCCUCUCCUUCCCCCCGAGCCUCGCCCCUCGUGUCCCUCCCCCUUGACCCCACCAGGUCGACAUAGUGCCUCGACUCAGCCUGCACGCAUCGGAGUCGAACCACCAGGACAGCAUAGUGCAACGAACUCACCACUUUCUCUCCCUCGCCCGUCCCCUUUCGCUACCAGGAUGCCAUAGUGUCGUGCACGCCUUGGAGUCUCUGUGCAACAAACUCACCAUUGUCUC